AUGUGUGGCUUGCGCGAGAGCGGCGGCCGCCGUCCCGGAACAAAUGAUGACCUGCCAAACUGCCGUGUCUUGAGGGCUCCACGAGCAUUCACGCACACCGGAGUGGACUACGCCGGCUCUAUCCUAGUUCGAUACGGCUCGGGCCGAGGCCAUUGGGCUCACAAGGCGUACAUCGGUUUUUUUGUGUGCAUGACCACCAAGGCUAUCCACUUGGAAUUGGUUUCGGACUACUCGUUCACAGCCUUUCUGGCGGCGUAUCAAAGAUUUAUCGCACGUCGUGGCAUGCCGACCACAAUCUAUUCGGAUAACGGCACAACGUUCCAGGGUGCCGAUCGAGAGAUGCGCUCAGCGCACGCCCAUGCUGUAAAGCACCCAGGUUUCGCUGACCGCCUAGCCACUGACGGAACUACAUGGCGAUUCAUACCUCCCGCAGCUCCUCACUUCGAGGGGCUCUGCGACGCGGUUGUGCGUAGCGUCAAAUCGCAUCUCAAACGGUGUGUCGGUUCGCAUAGCCUCUCAAUGGAGGAAAUGUAUACUUUCCUCUGUCGUGUGGAGGCUUGCCUCAAUUCGCGGCCUAUUGCGGCCUUGUCCGAAAGCAUUGACAACUAUCAGGCGAUGACUCCAGGCCAUCUGUUGAUCGGAGCUCCGAUCGUGGCUAUGCCAGAGCCCAGUGUCCUCAAUCUCUCGGAGACCAGGCUGUUUCGUUGA